AGGCCAGCAAUUGUCGUACUUUCUCUUUCACGCCUCGUGUGAACAAUCACUCAGCCUCCGUGGAGGUUUUCAAGAAAAUACUCGUGGCAGUUUUGCUAGUCGCGCAAGUACUUUGUGAGUGUGCUUGAGAGCCGUCCAGGAGCCCCAUUGUGAGUCGAACAUGAGUGCCCAGGCGGAGAAUGCCGCGUGCCAGGAGGGCGAGGAGCCCCAGGUGAAGUCGGCCAAGCAGCUGGAGAAGGAGGCCAAGAAGGCGGCCAAGCUGCAGAAGCUGCAGCAGAAGAUGGACAAGAAGAGCACCGCUCCGGCACCGGCCAAGGAGAAGCCCGAGAAAAAGGCAAAGGAGACGAAGGAGGCGGCUGUGUACGAGGGAAACACAGCGCCAGGGGAGAAGAAGGACUUGUCCGGCAGCUUUCCGGACGCCUACAGUCCGAAGUACGUGGAAGCUGCCUGGUACAGCUGGUGGGAGAAGGAGGGUUUCUUCAAGCCGGAGUAUGGAAGAUCUUCCGUGCUGGAGCCCAAUCCGAAGGGUAUGUUCUCCAUUGUCAUCCCACCGCCGAAUGUCACCGGCUCGUUGCAUUUGGGUCACGCUUUGACCAACGCUAUCGAGGAUGCGAUCACGCGAUGGCACCGGAUGAAGGGGCGCACGACGCUCUGGGUUCCCGGCUGCGAUCACGCCGGCAUCGCGACGCAGGUCGUGGUGGAGAAGAAGAUGUGGCGCGAGCAGAAGCAGACGCGCCACGACGUGGGCCGUGAGGCGUUUAUCGAGAAGAUCUGGGAGUGGAGGAACGAGAAGGGCGACCGGAUCUACGAUCAGCUGCGGCGCCUAGGCUCCUCGCCGGACUGGAGCCGCGUGGCCUUCACGAUGGACCCGAAGCUGUGCACGGCGGUCGUGGAGGCGUUCGUGCGCCUGUACGACAGCGGAUACAUCUACAGAAGCAGCAGAUUGGUGAACUGGUCGUGCACCCUGCGAUCGGCCAUCUCGGACAUCGAAGUGGACAAGAUUGAGCUGCCCGGAAGGACUUUCCUGUCCAUUCCCGGCUACGAGAAGCCCGUGGAGUUUGGUGUUCUCGUGAAGUUUGCCUACAAAGUCGAUGGCGAGGACAAGGAGAUCAUCGUGGCGACGACGAGAAUUGAAACCAUGCUCGGCGACACGGCCGUUGCGAUUCAUCCCAAAGAUCCCAGAUACCAGGACUUGCACGGGAAGUUCGUGAAGCAUCCUGUCAGCGGAAAACUCCUGCCGAUCGUCUGCGAUGACUUCGUAGACAUGGAAUUCGGCACAGGCGCCGUGAAGAUCACUCCUGCGCACGAUCCCAAUGAUUAUGAAGUGGGCAAGAGGCACAAUCUGCCCUUCGUGACCAUCUUCAACGAUGAUGGAAUUGUUAUUGGCGACUGCGGCGAAUUCACGGGCAUGAAGAGGUUCGAGUGCCGCGUGAAGAUUCUGGCGAAGCUCAAGGAAUUGGGUCUCUAUCGCGACACGGAGAAUCACCCGAUGGUCGUGCCCAUGUGCAGUCGCUCCAAGGACAUCGUGGAGCCCAUGAUCAAGCCUCAGUGGUACGUGAAGUGCGACGAGAUGGCGGAGAAGGCGAAGGAGGCCGUGCGCUCGGGUGAGCUUAAGAUCAUCCCUGAGGCGCACACGAAGACCUGGUUCCACUGGAUGGACGGCAUCAGGGAUUGGUGCAUCUCCAGGCAGCUGUGGUGGGGCCACAGGAUCCCCGCUUAUCGUGUGGACUUCAUCAAGCGUCCCGCGAAUCUGCCCGAGGAGGAGAUUUGGAUUGUGGGCCGAACAGAGGCGGAGGCAAGGCAACGCGUCCAAGACAAGUACAGCAUUCCACAGUCGGACUUCACGCUGCAUCAGGACGAGGAUGUCCUGGACACGUGGUUCAGCUCAGGACUCUUCCCCUUCUCAGUGUUUGGCUGGCCCAACGAGAACGCCGAUUUGGAGGUCUUCUAUCCAACAUCUCUGCUGGAGACUGGACAUGAUAUCCUGUUCUUCUGGGUCGCCAGGAUGGUGUUCUUCGGACAGACGCUCCUGGGCAAGCUGCCCUUCCGCGAAGUCUUCCUGCAUCCCAUCGUGAGGGACGCGCACGGGCGCAAGAUGUCCAAAUCCCUCGGCAAUGUCAUCGAUCCCAUGGACGUGAUCACAGGCAUCGCUCUGGAGGAUCUGCACAAGCAACUGUACGACUCGAAUCUCGACCCGAAGGAGAUCGAGAGAGCCAUCGCGGGCCAGAAGAGGGACUAUCCGAAUGGCAUUCCCGAGUGCGGCACGGAUGCAAUGAGAUUCGCGCUGUGCUCGUACAUGACUCAGGGCAGGGACAUCAAUCUGGACAUCUUGCGCGUGCAGGGAUACAGAUUCUUCUGCAACAAGCUGUGGAACGCCGCGAGAUUCGCCCUCACUUACCUCAAUCAGGGCGUUUUCUCGCCCAUUGAGCAACUGACUGGCGAGGAAGGCAAUAUGGAUUUGUGGAUUCUCUCGCGACUGGCCACAACAAUUGAGGCGUGCAACAACAGCUUUGAGUCGUACGAAUUCGCCGCUGCCACGAAUUCCUGCUACAGCUUUUGGCUCUACGAACUCUGUGACAUCUAUCUGGAGAGUGUGAAGCCCGUGUUCGCGUCGGGCAGCGAGAAGGCGAAGGACAGCGCGCGCAGGACGCUGUACACGUGUCUGGAGUACGGCUUGAAGCUGAUCUCGCCGUUCAUGCCGUUCAUCUCUGAGGAGCUGUUCCAGCGUCUGCCGCGCGCCGACACGACAGUGCCCAGCAUCUGCGUGUCGCCGUAUCCGGAGGUGCGGGAGUGUCCAUGGAAGAGUGACACGAUCGAGAGAGAGUUUGACUUGGUCAACAAGGCGGCGAAGAUCAUCAGAUCGGCGCGCAGUGACUACAACUUGCCGAACAAGACCAAGACGGAGAUUUUCGUGGUGUGCUCGGAGGAGGGCGUGCAGGAGGUGCUGCGGAAGUUCUCUGACGAUCUCUGCACGCUGGCGUACUGCGCCAAGGCUGUGUUCGGAGAGGAUCCACCUGCGGGCUGUGCUAUUCUCACGAUCACGGCUCAGUGUGAAGUGCAUUUGCUGCUCAAGGGACUGAUCGAGGUGGAGAAGGAGAUUGCGAAAAUGGAGAAGAAGCGCGAGCAACUGAUGUCAACUGUCAGCAAAUUGAGUCAAUUGAUCUCUUCGGCUGACUACCAGACGAAAGUGCCUGAGGAAGUGCGAGCCAGCAAUGCGGAGAAGUUGACGCAGUCGGAAAUUGAAAUUAAGCGAAUUGUGGCGGCGAUUGAGACGCUGAAGCUCAUGUAAAACAGCUCAUCUGUGAGAGUUUAAAUACCUCUUUAGGUUGUUACGAAUUGUGUUAUGCACCAUUUCUUCAUACAAUUUACACACAGCGCAACUCAAAAAAAAAAUAGCACGAAGAUGACCAUAAAUCCCUAAGUGGGGAAUCAAUCAACAGAACGCUGACCUCGUCAACUUGACUUGCAAAACAAUUUCUCGAUAAACAGUUUAAAGAAAUGUGUGUGGAAGUCAAAGGUUAUCAGUAUUUUUUGUUCUCCUUUCAAUUCUACAUAGUUCUUCGCCUCUCACUUGAAGUUUUUCUCUGGGCCUUUCUGCGCUGUUUAAAUUGCAUGCUUGGGUCAGGUAGAGAUUUAGGGCCUCUUUUCAGCUCCUCUCCCGAGAGAUUAUUAUCCACUUGAGACGAAGAUGUGCGCGAGGGACACAAGAGGCCCUGCAGAGAGUUUUAAUGAUUAGUGAGUACAGGGUUAUUCGUUAGAGCAUUGCUUCUACUAUCCUAGCGAUAUUUUCUUAUCAUUAGUAAUUUAUAAAAGUAAUUUCGUAUACAUAUAAUUGUAAUGAAAUGUCCAACUAUUCAAUUCUUAUACAGAAAACUUGGUUUAGGGUAUUUAUAAAAUGAUUCUUCGUUACCAGCAAAAGUUGCUAAGCAUUUAACAGAGGACAAUAGAAGAUGGGCAUGAGCAUAUUAUCACACAUUUCCUAUAAAAUAGCCAAAUCAACCAAUUAGACACAGAUAUUGUACUUUAUCAGCUGAUCAGCUCCAAAUAAAUGCGAUUG